CUUAUGACACGUGACACACCCCGGAACCCGGUGACGUCGCAGAACAACAAAGAUGGCAGGAAUAGGAAGCAGCAACUACUGGGAAGAUCUGCGAAAGCAGGCCAGACAGUUGGAGAAUGAACUUGACCUGAAGUUGGUCUCCUUCAGUAAACUGUGCACCAGCUACAGCAGCUCCAGGGAUGGACGUCGAGGAGAAACGUCAGACACCACCCCGCUGCUGAACAACUCUACCCAGGACAGGAUGUUUGACACCAUGUCAGUGGAGAUUGAACAGCUGCUGGCCAAAUUGACCGCAGUGAAUGACAAGAUGGCGGAGUACACCAACGCCCCGGGAACAGCUUCUCUCAAUGCUGCACUCAUGCACACACUUCAGAGACACAGAGACAUCUUACAGGAUUACACACAUGAAUUCCACAAAACCAAAGGCAACUUUUUGGCCAUCCGGGAGAGGGAAGACCUUCUAGGGUCCGUCAGGAAAGACAUUGAGACAUACAAGAGUGGCUCCGGGGUCAACAACAGAAGAACGGAGCUGUUUCUAAAGGAGCAUGAGCACCUGAGAAAUUCGGACCGACUGAUGGAUGACACAAUAAGUAUUGCCAUGGCGACCAAGGAGAACAUGACCUCCCAAAGGGGCAUGCUGAAAUCCAUACAGAGCAGGGUCAACACACUGGCCAACCGUUUCCCCACUAUUAACAAUCUCAUCCAGCGAAUCAACCUGCGGAAGAGACGGGACUCUCUCAUCCUUGGCACAGUGAUCGGCGUCUGCACCAUUCUCCUUCUCCUCUAUGCUUUUCAUUGAAAGCCAGGCCCGGUGAAAUCUUUAAAGGAGCAGAACUGAUCUGCUCUUUGUAGUGGAGCCUGAGCUCAGUGAUAGCAGGAACCUGGAGGCCCCUGAGCAGAAGGACAUCAGUUGGUUCAGUUCUGGGACAGGAACAGAUUUGGCCAACAUGAAAUACUGAACUUGUAUUUAGCAGUGGGACAGAUGGAGGGCUGGUGGUUGGGUGCUCUUCUGCCAACAAGGGAGUGGAGACCUAAAGUACAGAUAAGACUAGAUUUUAAAAAAAUUAUAUUGAUAAGUCACUUGGAGAGAAACUCUGUGGCGUUGAAAGCUUGAAGAGACUGUGUGAUGCAUAAUUCUUUUUCACAGGUGGAAGGAUUUUUAGUUGAAUGGUCCUUUUUAAUUGAUGGAGUGGGAUGGAUAGUUCAUUGUGGGCUGUAAAAUGUGAAUUAAUAAAUUAUUCAUAUCAGUAUGUGCAAAAAAAGUCUGUUACACCACUAGAUACUGAACAUUUAAAACAUUUUAUUUUACAAUAUCUAUGUUUUGAACUCUAUUGAAAAGUGUAUUGAGCCUUCUCAUUUUGGAGCGAGUUUAACCACUAGCAUGCCACAGCAGGGCUCUUAAAACUUAUUUUCUACUUCAUUUUCAUAUUUUGAUAAAAAUUUUGAAGCCAUUUUUUCAUGAGAGGAGGGAGAGAGAGAGAUGGUGAGUGACAUGAAACAAAGGUCCUUGGCCAGACUUGAACCACAGACGUCGUGGUUCAUGGUCAGCACCUUGAACUCGCUCUCAGUGAAUUUACAUUUAGAGCUGAAUUAACUGAUUUGACAGAAAAUGAAUCGGCAACCAUUUUGGCAGUUGAUUAAUUGGUAAAGUAGUUUUCAAACAAAAAUUCCCAGCAGCUUUCCCAACGUGAAAAUUUGCUGCUUUUCCUAAAAUAAAGUAAACUUAAUAUCUAUGGGUUUUCAGAGUAAUGGUUAGACAAAACAAACAAUUUGAAUAUGUCACAUAGGCCUCUGGGAAAUUGCAAUGGACAUUUUUCAAAGUGAUAAUUAAAACAAACAUUAUUUCCAGUCCCACUGACAUUUAUAUCAGUAUUUCCAAUUUACUUUCUGUCUAAUCUUAAAAAAGGGUUAGAUAACUGAAAUGCACAAUAUAAAGUCGGUUAUUGAAUGAGUUUUGGAUUUCACAAGAGCAGCUAAUUACACCUAUCUUCAAUAAUCACUUGUAGACUAUGGGAAAGUAUUAGGUAGAAGGCAACUGCAAUACUUUGUUUCUCAGUUUGCGUUUUCUUUUGGUUUGGUCACUUAUCCAAGACGCUCCAUCAGUUCUACAGGCUGGCAGUUGAGUGUUGUUGAGGUCACAUAAUGGCAUUCAUCGCAGUCUUUUGUAAAGAGACAUGAAAUGACUUCAACACCAAACCAGCUUUGAUGAUGAUUUCCUAUUGAUUUCAAUCCACCUGAAAAAAACAUUGACAUGUGCAUUUGAAGUUGGGAACUAAAGCAUUCACCCGAGAAGGAAAUGAUGGCAGACAGGGUUAGACUCAUUAGAUUAAAGUCUUACUUUGUGGGUGGGGGUGUAGGAAACUGAAAGCAAGGCAGCUAUGUGAGAACCAUCGAGGGUGUUUUUGUCUCACAGUUUCAGGCUGUUACUCGACUGGAAUCCAAAUAAAAUGGUCUCAGUUAAAUGGACUGAAGAGGAUACAUUUGGUUUUUUGGCCUCAUACCAUAGUUUGAUGCCUUGCUCACAAAGAAAGAUGCAGUAUAGGAAGUAUAGGAAGCUUGACAAUCUGAAGUUUUUGUAAAAUAUCUUUAUGUUUAGCUGCCAUUUUCGAAGGAAUAGUCUUUUCUGUUUUACAGCAGUCAGACAACCACUGCCAUGUUUCCCUGAAUACCUUACUUCCUUCAGGAGGGAAACCCUGUGCUGAAGUGUAAAUUUGGCUCAGACAUGUACACGCUGUCAGUAGUCUGCAGAGGUGCUGAGGUGCAUUCAGCUCCUGAAUAUUUAAGCCACUCAAACUGAACAGCACCCAAGCAGAACUAAGCACCAGAUCCUCUCACUUUUUAUUCAGAGCAGCUGAAAUGUAAGACAGAAGUCUGGUCCUCUGUGUCUGUGAGGAGUGUUUUUUAAAAACAAACAGCAGGGAUGCAUCACUUGUCUGAUGACACAAUGGCCUCUAUCGGCCCCCCCGCCCCAUGAUUGUAUGUGUCAGGGUUGUUGUGUUUUCAGCAUUCCAUCAGGCCACUACUUUGCAGUGUGUGUAGAUGUGGGGGAGCUGGCCUUAAAAGUGGAAAAUCUUCCAUGAAUUCUCCCCCCCCCCCCUUGCCUAUCUAUAG